GUAAACGUGCCAGGGUGUUGUAGUAACUUUGUUGGCCAUUUCUGAUAGGAGAAGCAUAGGCGAAUGAGGUAUCCGGAAUUGAUCCAACUAGUCAAUGCCAGUAAGCAUAACAACUGAGGAAAUAUUCUUUUAACUGGAGUUAACACUCUUGUUACGUGUUUUCUCAUUCGGAAGGGAUGCAGUAUAACCCUGUCAGGAUCGUGCUGUGGAUGUCUUCGUACCGUUAUAACUGCGCCCAUUCGAGUUACACUCAUUCCAAAGACUAGAUCAGCUCAAGGGCCUAAAUGUCGUCCCGACAAGAGACGAUCCUUAUGGACCGUCGCAUCCGAGACGACCAAAGUUCAAGUUUUUCAUCAGGCCUCGGCAGCAGUGUUUGUGGCAGUAGCAUUAGCAGUAUAAAUGACAGAACAUUAAACUUUUCAACAGCAUCGAUGGAUGAGUACAACCCUCCAAUCAAGAGGAUCAAAACAAUCAGGGACCCUGUGUCUCAUCGCAUCAUCGAGAAACGUCGCCGAGACCGUAUGAACAACUGCCUCGCAGAACUAAGCAGCCUUUUACCAGCAAGAUACCUCAACAAGGGCCAAGGACGAAUUGAGAAGACGGAAAUCAUAGAACUUGCCACUCAUCACAUAAAGCAUCUGAACGCUCUUGUUGGGUCCACAUCUUCCAAGCUAUGCGAGAAGCAGUGUUGUCGCAAGAGCUUCUUCCUCGGCUUCAAGGAGAGCGGGGCGGAAACGAUGCGUUUCUUGGUAGAGGGCGCUGGCACCAACCCCCAGGACAACCUGUGCGUACAGCUACGUCAACAUCUCAAUCAACAGAGCGAGAAGUUCUGUCCGUCCCCUGAGGAACUCGGGGUACCAGAGAUCAAUCUAGACGAAGAAAUAAAGGAGAGUUCUGAACGACAGGCGGCCAUGUUUUCUGACAGUGGGCUUUCCGACUCAAGUGUUCUACAGACAACGCUUUUAGAUAAAUCUCAAGAGGCAAGGUUGCGGCAUUUGUUUUCAAAUAAAAAAGCAGAGGAUUUAAGCGAAGAUCUUGUCUCGUGGAAUUCGUGUAGCCAGUCGCGCUUCUCUGAUUAUCAGAGUACGAUAUAUAGUGGAGAGAAUGGCGACUCGGAGUUACCCUCGACUUCCUCAGACGACAUGCAGUCGAAUAAAAACAAAGAGAUAUACAAGUUCAAAAAUAACAUCAAAUUACGCUUCACGGCGAAUGAAGGUAGUAAUCAAGCCGGCUCGAGUGGGCAAAGUGAUUUUAGUUAUUCUAACAGCCCACCGGAUUCUGAAUCGUGCUCUUCUCAAAAACUCUCCUCAAGCCCGUCAUCGUCGGAGUCGACAGCCUACGCCAACUCUGACAACUCGAGCAGCAAUGGUAACGGACUCGGUUCAACUGCAAGUAGCAUGAGCGGCAGCCAAACAUCGGACAGUUUCAAGAAUCCAAAAACGGACGCGAAAAAACUGCAGAGGUUUGAUUCGCUGCCAGUUUCGUGUGAUGAACCGGUUAUUCCUGGUUUUGCGCUCCACCCCUCUGCAACAUAUUAUAUUCCGAUUGCCAUUCCAUCGUCAUCACUGUGUUCAAUGCUGGAGGGUCGUCUGCUCAAUUCAAGCAAUGUUUUUCAUCCAAUCAGCAUCCCCGUUCAAUUUUCAUCCUCUGCCACAAGCCUCAAGAACAUUAACGUUGGAUACUAACAUCGUCAAAAUCAAAUGUAUGAAAUCUAUUUGGAGUUGGUAUUUCUGUGUUGUCCGGAUUCUGUUGUUUUACCGGUACCUUUCCAGAUUGUCUUCCCUUCCCUGGUAACCUCUUAGAUGGGCAGAGUUGCACAAAUGUAACAGUAGUUACUGUUAUGAUUAAUACUAGAAUACGAGACUGCAUGGCUGUUUUAGAUGUACAUGUAUUGUUUAUGUUGGAAAACUGUUUCACAUAAUAGUGAGUCUCCCAAGCUGGUCACACGUCCGCAUUUGCCACAUCGAUUUAAAAUGUUUCACAUGUAACGUAUCACUUAGUUAUUUGUGACCCCUGACAUGAAGAUAUUCAGUUAAUCGCCAUGCUCGUGACAAGUGCGUUACUAAUGACACGUGACCACUUGUUACAUGUACCAGUAACAUCUAUGUAAUAACAUCAUGGUACACUCCGCACACAGUGGUAUUAGCUUCGUAUCCCCUCCCCCUAUUAUAGACAAAUAGGAUGACUAAAUCAGGCUGCCUUGGGAGCCUAUCCCAUGGAUGCCUGAAUAUCUUUCACUAAUUUGCUCUCUGUUCAGGUUUUUUUUUUGCUAUUUGUCAUAAACAUCACCCAAACUCCUGUACUUCAUCCACUGAAUGGUCAAAGAAACGCCUGUGAUUCUAUGGUCUGUUUUGUCAAUUUGUCAAGAAUAAAA